AUGAGCAUCACCGUCGGGGUUCUCGCCUUACAAGGCGCUUUCUACGAGCAUGUCCAGCUGCUGAAACAGGCAGCGACCGAUCUGGCCUCCUCGUCGCAAUGGGAGUUCAUCGAAGUGCGAACCCCGCCGGAGUUGGAGCGAUGCGACGCUCUGAUCCUGCCUGGUGGCGAGAGCACCACCAUGUCUCUGGUCGCCGCCCGGUCGAAUCUCUUGGAGCCGUUGAGAGAGUUUGUGAAGGUUCAUCGCAAACCCACUUGGGGCACCUGCGCCGGUCUGAUCCUGCUCGCCGAGUCUGCUAAUCGGACGAAGAAAGGUGGUCAGGAACUGAUCGGGGGUCUUGACGUGCGCGUGAAUCGGAACCACUUCGGCCGGCAGACGGAGAGUUUCCAGGCGCCGUUGGAUCUCCCGUUCUUGGACCCUUCGGGCCCCCAAUCCUCUUUCCCGGCCGUCUUCAUCCGUGCGCCGGUGGUAGAGAAGAUUUUACCGCACCAGGAAGGCGUUCAGGUGGACGAAAUCGAGCGAGACGAAACGGUGGUAGCGCCUUCGAAGCACGCCAAGGAUGCCGCAGCCCGAGACGCAGUGGCCACUGAUGUUGAGAUACUGGCUACUCUCCCGGGCAGAGCUGCCAAGUUGGCCAGCGAGGGCAGAAACAUCGACGCAGAAAAGGAAGCCGGGGAUAUCAUUGCUGUCCGACAGGGCAACGUCUUUGGAACAAGCUUCCACCCCGAGCUGACCGGCGAUGCCAGGAUUCAUUCAUGGUGGCUGCGCCAAGUGGAGGAUUCCAUCCGGCGACGACACAAAUUAGAACAGUGCUGA